CUUCACGUGUGAUGGCGUAUGCAUUAACUGUCUAUGAAAUGUUUCUGUGGUUCUGUUUGUUUUGAUUUUCUGAAAAAGAAAUGAUGGGAGAAGGAUGUGAAAUUAUGUGUAAAAUUUGAAGAAAGUUUUAUGUGUAACGAUGGAUAAAUACGAAAUCUUGGAAUUGAUUGGUGAAGGUUCUUUUGGACGGGUGUAUAAAGCCAGAGUUCGAGAGGGGUCUGAAGUGGUUGCUUUGAAAAUUAUACGAAAGCGUGGCAGGUCUGAAAAAGAAUUGGCAAGUCUACGCUUGGAGUAUGAAGUUCAACUGCAUUUGAAUCACCCUAAUAUCAUUCAAAUGUUAGAUUCAUUUGAGACUGAAAAUGAGAUCGUCGUGGUGACGGAGCACGCAGACAAGGAGCUGUACGAGGUCCUGGGGAAGGAGGGCUACCUGCCGGAGGACCGGGUCAAGGGCAUCGUGUGCGACCUGGUGUCCGCUCUGCACUACCUCCACUCGCACCGGAUACUCCACAGGGACCUGAAGCCCCAGAACGUGCUGAUGGCGGCGAGUGGCACGGCCAAGCUGUGCGACUUCGGGUUCGCGCGCAACAUGAGCGCGGGCACGCACGUGCUCACCUCCAUCAAGGGCACGCCCCUGUACAUGGCCCCGGAGCUGGUGGCGGAGCGGCCCUACGACCACGCCGCCGACCUCUGGUCGCUGGGCUGCGUCGUGUACGAGCUGCUGGUGGGCUACCCCCCCUUCUGCACCACCUCCAUCCUGCACCUGGUGCACCUCAUCAAGAACGAGCAGGUGCUGUGGCCCGGCUUCGUCUCCCCGGAGUGCAAGGACUUCCUGCAGGGACUGCUGGAGAAAGAUCCGAGCAAGAGAUUGUCGUGGCCCGAGUUGCUGGAGCACCCCUAUUUGAAGAACGAACGCCUCAAUCUGGAACACAAGGGUGCAGAGACUCCGUUCACGGAUCGGCCAACCGCGUCGCAGGCCAGGGAGAAGGAGUUGCAGAAGCAGGAAAUCGUUGAGAAGACGGCAGGACAGACAAAGAUGCUGGCGAGGACCAUGAAGCAGGUCGAGGAGCACGAGAGGAGAGCGAAGCUGCUGCAGGAGCUGGACGCGAAGUUCUCCCCCGGGAACAACCUGUGCUGGCGCGGCGGCGACGACGACGCGGGGGAGUCGGCGAGCGGCAGCCCGGCGCGCCCCGAGGACCGGGGAUCGCUCUCGCCGGCGGGGGUGGACGGCUCGAAGGCUGGGGGAGGCCCCGCCGAACCGGAGGCGUCGGAGGAGGACCCGGAUCGCGUCGAUGACGGCGGGGCGGCGAGCGACUCGCAGGACGGCGGCGGGGACGGAGAGGAGGCGGCCCCCGGCCCCGGGGGAGCCCGCCCCGGCGACGCCAGCCCGUGCCACCCCCGGCUCUCCGACGGAGGGAGCAGCAGCGACCACCCCAUCGAGAACGACGAGUGGCUGGCGUUCCUGCAGCAGUCCAUGGAGGAGGUGAUGGCGGGCGACGUGGGCUCCGUGCUGCAGGCCAGCUUCGUGGGCAUCGUGUUGUCGCCCCUGCAGAACCCGGGCGUGGGCUGCCGCGUGGUGGAGCACGUGGCCAGCCUGCUGUGCCUCCCGUUCGUGGUGCAGGGCGUGGCGGAGGAGGACGUCUCCAGCAUACUGAAGGUGUACCUGGAGGCGAAGGUGGUGCCCAGCCUGAUCUACGCCUGCAAGCUGUUCCUCCGGCGCAAGAGCUACGACAGCACGGAGCUGGCGGCGGGCGGCGACGCGGCGCGCGCCGUGUCGGAGCUGAGCGCGGGCGAGCUCCACGCGCUGGAGUGCAUCUUCCUGGUGCUGUGCCGCCUGGUGCACGCGCACCUCGACUUCAGGCUGCAGUUCUGCGACGCCGUGACGGUGCUGAACGCGCAGACGCUGCUGCAGGACUUCCUCUCGCUGGGCCGGCGGAAGGCGCGCGUGGUGGCAGACCUGCUGGCCAUCCUAGUGCACUUGCUGCGGACCCUGCCAGAGAACGCCAGCCUCGUCGAGAAGAUCGUGUUCAAGGCCUCCGCCGAAGGCGGGGGCAACCUGGUGGACUCUGCGCGCAUGCUGAGCCACGGCAGCGCGGUGCUGAGGGCGCGGGCCUGCACGCUGCUGAGGCUGCUGAGCCGGCACAGCUGCCCGAGCCUGCGCGCCGGCUGGAACCGGCGCCUCAGCAAGGACGUGGAGGCGCUGACCCGGGACCAGGACGGCCUCGUGCGCAAGGCUGCAAAAUAUGCUGUCGACGAAUUGAAGAAUUUAAGCUUUUUGAAUCAGAGCGGUGCCAAAUAAGUGAUUUCGUACCUGUGUUCAAAACAAGACUGAAGGGACGAUUUGUGAAUAUCGUGUUUGUUGUGGCUUGACAUGUUUUAUGCUCGAGUUUUGUAUUUUAUACUGCUGUCUUAUUUUAUAUUUUAUACAUUUGUUAUGAAGAGACUGAAAAUAGUAGACGGUUUUUAGGUUUUUGUAAAAUGUUGAUUAAUAGUUAUGUAGAAAAAGCUGUGAGCUGUGAGCUUGUAGCUACAUCCACAGGUUCCAAGGAGUUAACAGCUCGAAAUCGAAGGGCUUCAACCUUUAUCAUAGGGAAGGAUUGUUCACAGGACCAUACAAUUAUAAAUAUUAAAAGAACAAUUUUUUGUUUAAAAAAAAUAUUGUUUUUUAAAAAGUGAUUUGUGAUAAUUAGUUACAAAUUUUCUCUAACUACAGGCUUGCUACUUGUUUUUUGAAGUGAAACUUCUUUGGGCACGAUGGGAGUAAAAUUUCAAGGCCGAAAUUUGGUGUCGAGAGAAAUUAUUAGUGUUUUUUUUUAUUGAACAAGUGAUAAUAUUUGAAAAUAGUAAGGAUGCAGGUAUGAUCUCAAAUGAAAAAAAAAAAAAAACUGAUAAGUAGACAAACACAAGCAGCGUUACGAGAAUUCCGUAGUAUCACCACUGCGUUAUUUAUACCUCUCCCCUGCUGUCUCUCCUUUACAACUAGCACAUACCAUGCUACGCUGUAUACCUCCCUCCUUGCUGUCUUCCCAUUCGACCGCUAGUGCAUGUGUUGGCGUGGCGUUGCCGCUGACACACUCUCCUCCUCUACCGGUUACCCCACCACGGACCUAACUAUUCCCCUCGUGCGAUAUGAAUCUUCGUAACGCUCGAAAAUUGUAACACUCUCAGCAAAGAAGUUUCACUUCAAAUAAUAGGUGCAUAUUGCUUUAAUAUGUGUUGCAACAAGGAUGUAUCCAGCUCAGAACAGAAGUUGAGGCUUUUUUUUGGAAGAGUUGUAAUCUUACAGGUGAUGCAGUGUGUCUAUUUGUUAAUCAGUUCCUUUCAAAGUGUCAAAAUAGCAACAACCAACAUGUUAAUAAAUUAUUUAGAAUUUUGAUGUUUAUAUUAAUUUUUUUGUUUUAUUUUUUUUUCCCCGUAGGGGAGCAUAGUUAAGAUUGUUGUCAUAUGAUUUUGGCUGUAAACUAAAUUGGUUGGCUUUAUAACGCCUGCAAAAAUGUAGACUCCUUACACAAAUUCAUUGUAAAACAUUUAUUAUAUUAAUUUUAAUGUAAUUUUGAAACCUUGGUAAUGUUGUCAAUGUCUGGCUAUUCACCUGAAUGUGAGCAAGUAUAAACGUGACACAUUCACUUAGAUUUUUAUGCUUUACUUUUGCAAUUGUGUGCCUAAAGAUUGUUAGUGAAAAGAGUUGAUGUCUGAAAUGUAAUGUCAAGAGUGAGCUUGGUUUCUGAUGUAAUUUUUUUGUAGAAUUUCGGAGAAUACCUACCUCAAAUGUU